CAAAUAAAGCUGCCAUUACCAGCAAAAUUAAUUUGCAGCGAAGACGUUUAAGGAGCUAAAGAAAAAAAAAACUUAAGAAAAAUGUUGGUGGCAUGGGCUAAAAUGGCUACAGCGUGUGCAAGGUUUGGCCUAAAGAUUAGUCAGGCAAAUGGUGGUCCGGGUGGAAGAUUCUUGGGUAAUUUUGGGCAGUUUCCCAACCACGCCCGCUCCUUGCACGCAUCCUUGGCCCUGUGGGAUGAUAAGGACAAAGACAAGUCGAGCGAUGAAUGCGAGCCCGAGCCGAAGGACGAAUGCAAGACGGACACCGAGCUGGUCAAGCAGAAGGAUGAAUGUGAGGACGACGAGUCGGGCGACAAAGGAAAGGGGAAAGAACUGGAGAGUAAGGGUCGCAAGGGUAUUAUCCACGCCGUCAUUGGUCCCGUCAUCGAUGUGUACUUCGAGGAGGAAGUGCCGGAGGUGCUUAAUGCCCUCAAGGUGCUGGACUCACCCAUUGAUAACCUGGUGCUGGAGGUUUUCCACCAUCUGGGCAACAACAUCGUACGUUGUGUGGCCAUGGACUCCACGGAGGGUCUCCGACGUGGUCAGAGGGUUGUCGACACUGGUUACCCCAUCCGUGUGGCGGUGGGCAAGUCUGUCCUGGGACGCAUCCUGAACGUGGUGGGCGAUCCUAUCGACGAUCGCGGUGAAAUCAAGUCGGAAUACUACUCCUUUAUCCACAACGAAGCUCCGGAGCUCACUGAUCUGAGCGUGAAGCCUGAGAUCCUGGUCACAGGUAUCAAGGUGAUUGAUCUGCUUGCUCCUUAUGUCAAGGGCGGCAAGAUUGGUCUGUUUGGUGGCGCCGGAGUGGGCAAGACGGUGCUCAUCAUGGAGCUGAUCAACAACAUAGCCAAAUCCCAUGGCGGUUACUCCGUGUUUGUGGGUGCAGGAGAGCGCACCCGUGAGGGAAAUGAUCUGUACCACGAAAUGAUUGAGUCAAAGGUUAUAUCCUUGGAGGAUGAUAGCUCGAAGGUGGUGCUGGUCUUUGGCCAGAUGAACGAGCCACCAGGCGCUCGUUCCCGCGUGGUCCUUACCGGAUUGACCAUCGCUGAGUAUUUCCGCGACGUUGACGGGCAGGAUGUGCUGCUCUUUAUAGAUAACAUUUUCCGAUUCACCCAGGCGGGAUCGGAGGUGUCGGCCUUACUUGGACGCAUUCCCUCGGCGGUGGGCUAUCAGCCGACUUUGGGAACUGACAUGGGCACCAUGCAGGAGCGGAUCACCAGCACCCGCAAUGGUUCCAUCACUUCCGUUCAGGCUGUCUACGUGCCCGCCGAUGAUCUCAGUGAUCCUGCUCCGGCGGCUACCUUUUCGCAUUUGGAUGCCACCACCGUGCUGUCCCGUCCCAUUGCCGAAUUGGGUAUUUAUCCCGCUGUGGACCCAUUGGACUCUUCGUCCCGAAUCCUGGAUCCCGAUGUUGUGGGCGAAGAGCACUACAACGUGGCCCGAGCUGUUCAGAAGACCCUGCAGGCCUAUAAGUCGCUGCAGGACAUCAUCGCCAUCCUGGGAAUGGAUGAGCUGUCCGAGGAUGAUAAGCUGACCGUGGCCAGGGCUCGCAAGAUGCAGCGCUUUCUCUCGCAGCCAUUCCAAGUGGCCGAAAUCUUCACUGGACAUCCGGGGAAGCUGGUACCCGUAGAGAAGUGCGUUGAUGGCUUUAAGCGGCUUCUAAAUGGAGAGUACGAUGACAUCCCGGAGAUCGCCUUUUACAUGGUCGGCGAUGCAGAAGAGGUGCUGGCCAAGGCCACCCAACUGGCCGCCAGCAUGUCUGGUGAUGAACCGCCGCCGAAGGCCAAGGAGGGUGAGGCCAAGAAGGACGAUAAGGACAAGAAGGACGAUAAGGACAAGAAGGAGGCCAAGCCAGAAGAGGGCAAGAAGGAGGCCAAGCCAGAAAAGGGCAAGAAGGAGGAACCUCCGAAAGGAGAGGCUAAAAAGGAGGCUAAGGAUGACAAGCCAAAAGAUCCGGAAAAGAAAAAUAAGUGAAUUUGAAGACGCCGUUUUACCGAAAAUGGGAUUUAUUAGUAAACUUCUAAGAUUUAGUUUACUAAUUAUUUUUAAGAAUGUUAGGAUUUGUAAUUUUACAAAUACAAAUAAUAAUUUACUCAUAAACAAAUCAUAUUAAAAUUUAA